AAAAGAUACAACUACGACAGCCUCUACCUAUCAAAGAUGCCGUCCAUCGCAUUGACAGAGGACACACUGGGCCAACGGGUCAAGCAAAUUCUCCCGCACGAUAUCGACCACCUCAUCUCAGACUACUGCGCAGGCUACAUUCGCUAUGCCCUCGACAACCCUGAUAUCUCCUUCGAGAGCAUCAAUGCCGUGCGCAACAUCUGCCUCUCAUGCCAAGCAGACCCGCAGUCAGUCGAUGACUUGUGUAGACAGUUUCAGCAUAUCUUGGAGCACAAAAAGUCUGGCACAAAGGGACUUGCCAAGUUGAAUCAUGCCGUCAAUAUGGCCUCGGAGCGACAAGUCUCCAAUACUAUGGGCUUGCUUGGCGGUACCACAGAUCUUGAAGCGACAGCAAGGCGCAAAGUUGCGAGUCAGGUGGACCGCAAGAAGCUGGCAAAGGCAGAGCUAAAGAUUGCCGCAAAGCUAGCGAAGAAGGAGAUGAAGGCCGACUAUGAGGCGAGUCGUUUGCUGGAUGAGCCAGAAUCUGUGGAUGACUAUGAUGAGAACUUCCUCAAGGUCAACCCGCUCACAUUUGAGAGUAGUACGGGCAAAUCCAAGGAUAUCAGACUCGAUGGCAUCGACAUCAAUUUCGCUGGAUUGCGCAUCUUGACCGAUGCAUCACUUACAUUGGCACAUGGCCGUCGCUAUGGCCUUGUCGGUCGCAACGGUAUCGGCAAGUCCACCUUACUCAAAGCACUUUCGCGUCGUGAGUUGCCCGUACCUGCGCAUUUGACGAUUCUUCACGUCGAGCAGGAAAUUACAGGAGAUGACACAACCGCACUGCAAGCUGUACUGGAUGCCGAUGUAUGGCGAAAGUACCUGUAUGCAGAGCAAGAGUCCAUCACAAAACGCAGCUCAGAGGUGGCAAAUGAGCUUGUUGCUAUGCCUACGGAAGACCCUGGACGCUGGGCACUCGAGAAGGAGCAAAAGGAUUUGGAUGCGCACCUGAUGGAAGUUCAAUUCAAGCUUACAGACAUUGACGCUGAAAAGGCAGAGUCGCGCGCAGCAACUAUUCUAGCAGGUCUAGGAUUUACACCUGAGCGACAGCAGCUUGCAACCAAGUCCUUCUCCGGUGGUUGGCGCAUGCGACUGGCUCUUGCGCGUGCACUCUUUUGCAAACCAGACUUGCUCUUGCUCGACGAGCCGAGUAACAUGCUGGAUGUUCCGUCUGUUGCAUUUUUGGCAAACUAUCUCUCCACUUAUGAGAACACCGUUCUGGUCGUCUCGCACGACCGAGCAUUCCUGAAUGAGGUUGCAACCGAUAUUAUCUAUCAGCACAACGAGCGACUCGACUACUACCGCGGAAACUUUACACAGUUCUAUGCAACGAAGGAAGAACGUCGCAAGAAUGCCAUUCGCGAGUAUGAAUCACAAAUGGCCUACCGCAAGCACUUGCAAGCCUUCAUCGACAAGUUUCGCUACAAUGCAGCAAAGUCCUCCGAAGCGCAGUCUCGCAUCAAGAAGCUGGAGAAGUUGCCAAUUUUGGAAGCACCAGAGACGGAUGAUGAAGUGACAUUCCGCUUCCCUGAAGCAGAAAAAAUCUCACCGCCCGUACUGCAAAUGACAGACGUCUCGUUCAGCUAUGGUGACAAGCAAAUUCUCAAGAACGUUGACCUUGAUGUGCAGCUUGACUCUCGUGUUGCAGUCAUUGGUCCUAAUGGUGCAGGUAAGACGACGAUGCUCAAGUUGCUCAUUGAACAAUUGACCCCGUCUGGAGGUCUUGUCCAGCGGCAUCCACGUCUCAGAGUGGCAUACUUUGCACAGCACCAUGUAGAUGGGCUUGAGCUCAACUUGUCGGCUGUUGGAUUCAUGGCCAAGUAUUGGCCUGGCAGGAGUGAGGAGGAGUACCGACGGCAUCUUGCUGCCUUUGGAUUGACGGGUACCUUGGGUCUCGGUAAGAUGGUGACGCUUUCAGGAGGUCAAAAGAGUCGUGUUGCGUUUGCUUGUCUCUCGCUCCAGAAUCCUCAUAUUCUGGUGCUUGAUGAGCCGACCAAUCACUUGGACAUCGAGGCGAUGGAUGCGUUGAUGGCGGCACUCAAGGAGUUCAAUGGUGGUGUUAUUCUCGUAAGCCACGACGUCACCUUCUUGAGCCAGACGAGUGAUGUGCUCUGGCUGUGUCAAGAGGGUACAGUGACCAAGUUCCCAGGCACGAUCGACCAGUACAAGAAGAAGGUGCUGGAGAGUGCAGACGAGCAGGGCCUCGGUGGCCUCGUCACGUAGACGUACUCUUGCUAGCGCAUCCUCAACCCCCACGCCCCAGUUCCGCUUGUUCCGGUCCGGGUGGCGCUGUAGGCAAGUGCCGACAAACUUUAUCGCAA